UUACUUAAAAAAAUAAAAUGAACAUUUUAGACUCAAUGAAAACGUUAAUAUGUCUAAAUGUGAUUUUUGAUAAUACUUUAUUUGUUAAAACACAACUCAAUUUAUUUGGUCCUUAUUGGAUUAAUUUCAAACAAUUUAGAUUAUGUGAAUCAAGCAUUGAUUAUCCCAUAAAGUUCAGUAUAACAAUUUUAAGAGAUACCAAGUUUUCUCAAAUAUUUCUUGGAAACAUUUCACUGAAACAACCUUUUGAUGAUCAUAUAGAUAUGAGUAUAAUGUUGGGGAAAUAUGACUCUAUAGGCUUGUGGAAAGAACAUCCGCUGGGUUAUAUUAGAAAUACCUGCUCUAUAUUAAAAUCUGAAAUUUUUGGAGAAAAUACUUGGAAUCAAUUUAUCAAUGAUUUUCAUUUACCGUCAACAAACUGUCCAUUGCCAAAAGGACAUUACGCUUCAACAGGAUUUAAUACAUCUUUAUUUAGAAUGUCGAAGUUACCAAAGAAAUUUUUUUAUGGAAAAUAUACAAGCCGUGUAUCAUUAUACGACAAUAAAAAUAGUUUAAUUGGUUGUACAAAAGUUUCUAUUGAAUUGAAUCCUUUUACGUGAAGAGGAGACAGUAAUGACUGUCUAAUGAGUACAUGUUUUUUAAUAUACAUUUGUAACAAAAUACAUUCUCAUUCAGAGAAUGUACGUUUCAAUUGUAAUUAAAAAACACGCACACAUAUCUAUAUAUAUAAUUAAAACUCAUUAUUCGUAAAAUUUCUAGAAUAUUAUUCUUUAUUGAUACAAUUAUAUGAGUAUUGUUAAAUUUUUUUCUAAAUAAUUUAUAUGUUAAUUUUUUCAUAAUAUAUACAAAAUGUGUCAUCUUUAUUUAAACAUUUAAAACUUAUUCAGUGUGGUACAAUGAGUAGGUUUAAA